AUACAAGCUGGCGUUCAAUGGAACUUGAGAACGGCCGCCAUUUUAUUGCGAGGAUUUAAUGGGCAAAAUGGCAGCACUGCAGAAGUUUUGUCUCAAAUGGAAUAAUUUUCAGAAUAGUGUGACAUCAGUUUUUGAGAAUCUCAGACAAGAUGAAGAGCUUGUUGAUAUAACUUUGUGCUGUGAGGGCCAGAAAAUUAAGGCUCAUAGGAUGAUGCUUUCAGCAUGUAGUCCAUACUUCAGGGAUCUUUUGAAGGAAAACCCGUGUCAGCACCCAGUGUUUUUCCUGAAGGACACGUCCUAUCCGGACCUGGCAGCUGUGGUGGAGUUUGUGUACAAGGGAGAGGUCAAUGUGCUGCAGAGCCAGCUCGGCAGCUUCCUCAAGACUGCAGAGAUGCUGCAGGUCAAGGGACUCUCAGGAGAUGAUGACGAUGAUGGGCCGGGCCGGCCGACGCCCACUGCCGUGGCCGCCUCGCCAGCGGAGCCGCGGGGCAUCGAGCCGCGGCCGCGCCCGGCCAGCUCGCCGCUACGCUCCCGGGUCCGCGAGCCGCCCGACUGCCGGCCCAGCUCGCCGCGCUCCAAGCGGCGCCGGCUGUCGGGCAGCGACAGCCGGGUCGGCUCCCAGUCCCCGCUGCCGCCCGUCUCCUCCGCUCCGCCGCCGCUGCCGGCUGCGCCCCUGCCUCCCGCCACCAUCGACCUGGAGCCCCCGCCGGCCGCCGCCGCCCUGGAGACGCCACUGGACGCCCGGCCGGUGGCGCACCAGCCGCCGCCGCCGCCGCCGCCACCUCUGGCGCCGCACCACAGCGCGCAGCCGCACGGCGACGACGGCUACAACAUCAAGGUGGAGAAGGUGGACAUCCCGGACGGCGACGACGACGCCAGUCUGGAGACGGCGCUGGGCCAGGUGUCCAACAUGGAGGCGUCGCAGUUCGAGGGCUCCGACCACUCUGCCAGCUCACACGACAUGGCCGGCCUGCUCAGUCGACUGUCGGAACAAGGCGGCAGCGGUGACCUGUCUGUCGGCGGCGCGGCGGGUACCUCAGAAGACGGCUCGUCACAAGGCCGGGUGUCGACGGUCCGCUUUGAGUGCGAGACGUGCGGCCAAACGUUCAGCCAGCGGACCAACCUGUGCCACCACCGGGCCGUCCACCAGGGUCGCACGCGCUGCCCGCUCUGCGGCCGCGUCUUCAGCCGCACCUCGGGUCUCAGCGCACACCUGGCGAGACGGCAUGGCGACCAGCACCAGGCGCCCGGCGGACCGCACCAGCCCUGUGGUGACCGGGCAGUCCCGCACCAGCCCGGUGGUGACCGGCCGGGUCCAUACCAGCCCCAGUGGUGACAGAACGCGCGCGAACCAAACCCUCCAGAAGUCACUGUAGACUAGCGUGCACCAUGCUUCAGUGGUGGCCUGCAGGCUCAUGAUGCACAAGUCCCAGUGGUGGUCGGUCGGGCACGCACCAGCCCACUGCAGUGGUUGCCGGACGAACCGUACCAGCCCCUCUCCCUAUAGAAGUAACUUUGCGACGCUGCGUGCUGUGUUAGGAUCGAUACUGCUCUUUUAAAGCUCUUUCACUAAUGUGUCCUCAGUAGCAACCUACAGAUUAGCCUCUGAAGCCAAGAGGACGAAAACCAUCAAAAUUGGCGCUUUAUGAGAUAACAUUUUUUUCUGCAAUAGCCUUUUAUACAACUCGUGUACGUCACUUAAAUAACUAUAAUUGUUUCUUUCCUAAUAAUUAAUUAAUUGCCGCUGCACUGUGUUACAAUGUGUGCCGUGGCUUUGUUGCGUAGUUACGUGCUGUGGCUAUGUGCCUUACUGUGGUUGGGUGCCGGGCUGUAUCGUGCCUAUGAUAAUGGUCGUGUUACCCCAUGACCGGAGGGCCGUGUCGUGCCGUGUCGCAUCGCUCUCUGAGCGUGGGUCCGGUCGCCGUGUCGUAUCACCGUCUGACCGUGGCCCAUACCGUGCUGUGCCGGGUCACCCUCUGACCGUCCACCAGGGUCGCACGCGCUGCCCGCUCUGCGGCCGCGUCUUCAGCCGCACCUCGGGUCUCAGCGCACACCUGGCGAGACGGCAUGGCGACCAGCACCAGGCGCCCGGCGGACCGCACCAGCCCUGUGGUGACCGGGCAGUCCCGCACCAGCCCGGUGGUGACCGGCCGGGUCCAUACCAGCCCCAGUGGUGACAGAACGCGCGCGAACCAAACCCUCCAGAAGUCACUGUAGACUAGCGUGCACCAUGCUUCAGUGGUGGCCUGCAGGCUCAUGAUGCACAAGUCCCAGUGGUGGUCGGUCGGGCACGCACCAGCCCACUGCAGUGGUUGCCGCACGAACCGUACCAGCCCCUCUCCCUAUAGAAGUAACUUUGCGACGCUGCGUGCUGUGUUAGGAUCGAUACUGCUCUUUUAAAGCUCUUUCACUAAUGUGUCCUCAGUAGCAACCUACAGAUUAGCCUCUGAAGCCAAGAGGACGAAAACCAUCAAAAUUGGCGCUUUAUGAGAUAACAUUUUUUUCUGCAAUAGCCUUUUAUACAACUCGUGUACGUCACUUAAAUAACUAUAAUUGUUUCUUUCGCGAGACGCAAUUGCACCUAUGACCUAAUUCUGAUGUUUAAAGGUCAAUUUGAAGCCUGCAGCAUAAACUAGUGACCUGAUUUUAUAGUAACCUGAGGCGGGUGGAAGUUUGUGCCGAGAUGAGGGUGACUGACCAGUGACCUCUUCCAAUUUCACACCGGCUUGGUUUUGGAGGCUGGAGCCGCAACAGACGGUGGAGGUUAAGUUCACCGCUUAGGCGGCGGCGGAUUUGCUGCGCCCGGGCACCUCAAGCUCGGCACAAACUUCCGCCCGUGCCAGGGGCCGAAAUUGUAACACGGCUUGCAAGCUUGAUGUGUCAAUAAAAUAAUAUAUUGAGCCAAUAGCA